GCUGCAGAAGCGCGCUCACCUGCUGCAGGUGCUCCCGGCCGACGCGCACGAGCGAGCGCCGAGAAGAUGCUACGCGAACGGACCGUGCGGCUGCAGCACGGUAGCCGCGUGGAGGCGGUAUACGUGCUGGGCACGCCGCUGUGGACCGACGUCUACAGUGCGGCCCCAGCUGAAGCCCGGACCUUCAGUCUGAAGCACUCGGAAGGCGUGUGGGUGGAAGUGGUACGGGACGGGGAGGCAGAUGAGGUGGCCACCAACGGCAAGCAGCGCUGGCACCUUUCGCCCAGCACCACACUGCGGCUCACCAUGAGCCAGGCAAGCACCGAAGCCAGCAGUGACAAGGUCACCGUCAGCUACUAUGAAGAAGAGGGGAACGCCCCCAUCGACCAGGCUGGGCUCUUCCUCACAGCCAUUGAGAUCUCCCUGGACGUGGACGCAGACCGAGAUGGUGUGGUGGAGAAGAACAACCCACAGAAGGCAUCCUGGACCUGGGGACCCGAGGGCCAGGGAGCCAUCCUGCUGGUCAACUGUGACCGCGACACGCCCUGGACACCCAAGGAGGACUGCGGUGAUGAGAAGGUGUACAGCAAGGAAGACCUCAAGGACAUGUCCCAGAUGAUCCUACGCACCAAAGGCCCUGACCGCCUGCCUGCCGGCUACGAGAUGGUUCUCUACAUUUCCGCUUCAGACUCGGACAAAGUGGGCGUGUUCUACGUGGAGAACCCAUUCUUCGGCCAGCGCUACAUCCACAUCCUGGGCCGGCGGAAGCUCUACCAUGUGGUCAAAUACACGGGCGGCUCGGCGGAGCUGCUCUUCUUCGUGGAAGGCCUGCGUUUCCCCGACGAAGGCUUCUCCGGCCUGGUCUCCAUCCACGUCAGCCUGUUGGAGUACAUGACCGAGGAGAUCCCCCUGACACCCAUCUUCACGGACACCGUGACAUUCCGGAUCGCUCCGUGGAUCAUGACCCCCAACAUCCUGCCCCCUGUGUCGGUGUUUGUGUGCUGCCUAAAGGACAAUUACCUGUUCCUGAAAGAAGUGAAGAACUUGGUGGAGAAAGCCAACUGUGAGCUAAAGGUCUGUUUCCAGUACAUGAACCGCGGCGACCGCUGGAUCCAGGAUGAAAUCGAGUUCGGCUAUAUUGAAGCUCCCCACAAAGGCUUCCCAGUUGUGUUGGACUCCCCCCGCGAUGGGAACCUGAAGGACUUCCCCAUAAAGCAGCUGCUGGGCCCCGAUUUCGGCUACGUGACCAGGGAACCCGUCUUUGAGCCCGUCACCAGCCUUGAUUCCUUUGGGAACCUGGAGGUCAGUCCACCCGUGACUGUGAAUGGCAAGACAUACCCCCUCGGCCGGAUCCUCAUCGGAAGCAGCUUUCCCCUGUCUGGCGGCCGGAGGAUGACCAAGGUGGUGCGGGACUUCCUGCAGGCGCAGCAGGUGCAGGCACCCGUGGAGCUCUAUUCAGACUGGUUGACCGUGGGUCAUGUGGACGAGUUCAUGACCUUCGUCCCCAUCCCAGGCACAAAGCACUUCCGGUUGCUUAUGGCCAGUACCGCUGCCUGCUACAAGCUCUUCCGAGAGAAGCAGAAGCAGGGCCACGGGGAGGCCGUCUUGUUCAAAGGCCUGGGUGGAAUGAGCAGCAAGCGGAUCACCAUCAACAAGGUCCUGUCCAAUGAGAGUCUCGUGCAGGAGAAUCAGUACUUCCAGCGCUGCCUCGACUGGAACCGCGACAUCCUGAAGAAGGAGCUGGGCCUGACAGAGCAGGACAUCAUCGACCUGCCCGCACUGUUCAAGAUGGAUGAGGGCCGCCAGGCCAGAGCCUUCUUCCCAAACAUGGUGAAUAUGAUCGUGCUCAACAAAGACCUGGGCAUCCCCAAGCCGUUUGGGCCCCAGAUUGGAGAGGAGUGCUGCCUGGAGACGCAGGUGCGUGCCCUGCUCGAGCCACUGGGCCUGUCCUGCACGUUCAUCGAUGACAUCUCCGCCUACCACAAGUUCCUGGGGGAGGUGCACUGUGGCACCAACGUCCUCCGGAAGCCCUUCGCCUUCAAGUGGUGGCACAUGGUGCCCUGACCCGCAGGCGCCCUGAUGUGCCCCCUCUACCCUGAGUUCUCCAGAUGUCCCCCCCUCCCCCGCCGCACCGAGCCCCUCCAGGCCCUCCCCCACCCUGCCCCCACCUGACCUGGACUGGAUGACCCUGCUGGAAGGCCUUCUUUGGGAAGUGGGUGGGAUUUGAGGUGUCUGCAUCUCACCCUUCCUGGGAAGGAGUCUUAGUCAGCCUCGCUCUAGCCCUCCUGACAACAGUUGGCCGUGACCGUUCCAGUCCAACCCUGACACAGGAAACAAAACCCAACACAAAAUGCCAUGUCCCCUAGCCAUACCCCAAGAGCUCUUAGUCUCUAGUCCAAAAACCAAACAGAGGAUGAGGGGGACGGACAGGAGAUGCUGGGAUCACAGCCUAGAGGUAAAGCGGAACACAUGGAGAAGGACCUCUUCAACAUCCCUUGAAGAGCCUUUGUCAUUUCGAGCCUGUCCGUGAUUACUCAUUCCUUACUCCCUCUCUCAGAGUCUCUGACUAGCCCAGUCUCCGAGGGGCUGAUCCUUCCUUAGAUCCUUCUGGAAACAUCUCGUUUGCGAGCUUCUCUGUAGCCUCGUCUUUCUCAGGGUCGCAGGCACCUGGGAUUUCUCCCCAGACCAGCACAUGUGGAGUUCCGUGUAGAUGUCACGGCUUGGCCAUAUCCACCUUCUCCUGCUGGAUCCUGGGCUCCCUGGCCACUCCCUGGCCGCUCCCUGCCCUUCUGCCUCCCGUCAGCUCCACUUUUCCUGUUCUGGAGGCCAUCUCUCCAAGCAGCUAGCCAGGCAGGCGUCUCCUCCUCCAAACCCGGUCCCUCCUCCAUCGCUGGGUGUGCUAUUUUCCCAUCCUUCCCACACAGACAUCAGACAGCACCGGGCCCCCAGCCUGGCCCUGCCAUCAAUGACCAGGUCUGGGCCAGCUCUGGCCUUGAACAUGAGUUAUUCCUCCUGAAACUCACCAGAGUCUUUUAAGACUCUCUGGCUAGAUCUAAUUCUUGGUUGUAGUUAGAAAAAAAAAAAAAACUCAGUUUCAACCCAAAAACAUUCAAAGGACCGGGGAAAAAGUGAAUUAUGAUUCCACUUUGAGAGCCUGGCGACCUCCUGGUAGCCAAGGAAAGGUCAUUACAGGUGUAUUCUUGGGGAAAGAGAUCUGUCUUCGCAUCAGCUCAUUCCCCAGUGAAUAGCUCUUGCGUGUCUGCUGGGCGUCAAGCAGUGUGUUGGCUCUGAAAACCCAAGGAAGCUUCAGGUAUUCGUGGCAAAUGUGCAGCCAUUUUUCACUCCAUCUUCCAUGAACUUUGUAAAGCCCCUUGGCCCGGUGGUUAGUGGCAAACUAGACCGCCCCCCUCCCCACCCAUUUGGGACUGGCCACUCACCAACCAACAUGCCAUGUGCACCUGUCAAGGGCCAACACAUGCAUUGUCGAUUACAUGCCAAUCCCACCAUCCCUCAAGAAGUAUACAGGGCACAUAGCUUCAUGCAAGUCACUGUCUUAGAGCAAUGGGGUCUGCAGACCCCUAUGCCACCCAACUGUGCCAGUACCACUGGUGUGAUCAGACCCCAGAGCCUUCAGAAGCUGCUGUACCCUUCUGCAAGGACACAGCGGCCCCUGCCUUGGGGGUGGGGAGGGUGGCAGAGCCCCAAAGAUCUCUCCGGCUCCACAGAUAAACAUGUGCCUAUUUGAGGGCGUUUUGACUGGAGACUCAGAGUUUGCCGUGUCCCGUGUGUAUUUGGUUGGUUAAUGUGGGUUUCCAGGUUUGCUUUCACUUCGUCUUAAUCUUCAUUACAAGGAAGUGAACGCAGACAGUAUCUUUCUAGGUUGUUUCUAAAGCUCUCUGCUGGCCUGAGGCGGCCAUCUGUGACAGCCCCGGGUCUCCAGCAUCGGACACCUGUUCCCCCCCCACCUGCCCGGUUCCCAGUGUGAUGACCCACGGUGUGGACGUAUCCCAUGGACUCAGGGUUCUCCCCCACCCCACUCCCAUUUUCUAUAAAUGUAGACCUAGAACUAACGCUUCUGUGUUGCCCAACUCAGCUGACUUCCUGUUUCAAUCUUGAUGUUAAAAUACUCUGUGA